AUGAACAGCCUCAAUAUUGUUAGCAGAUUCACCGCUGCUCCGCCCACCGCUACUCCUCCCCGAUCCCGGACCGGCAGUGCAGCGGAGGUCGGGCUGGAAGAUGACUCGGGGCGAGAAGGUCAAUCUUCUGGUGAUGAUCAGACGGCCCACCCGUCCGAUACGGUAGAGGAAGACGGGGUGACGCAGGAAGACUACAGCGAGACUAAGAUCAAGGUGGAAGAUGCGGACGAAAAGACCCCGCUGCGAUCCCACGAGGAUCAUUCCGGAUUCAAACCACGCCCGGGCAGUCAUGUGUGGGACCUACCCUAUCGCAUUGCUCAUGCCAUAUUCCGCGGCGUCCAAGCCCUUCUCUCCACCAUUGGCGCCCCUGGACGCUACAUCAUCGCCUGCUUCUACGACCAACAAGGCCAUUUCUCCCCCGUCCUCCCCUUCCGCAAUCUCACAUCCCUCGCGUCUCGACGGAGAAGAAAGUCGGCGGCGCAGGCGGUGGGCAUUGGUGCUGCGGCAAGUUCGAGCGAAAAGUUGGACCGAAAAAGGUCGAGUAAGCGGUCCACCUCGGUAGACAGCCAGAACUCGUCAAGCACGUUGGGUUCGUCUGACGGCGAGGGUGAGCAUGACGGACGAGAAGACAGUCCGGCGCGGCAUACCCGUUCCCGAACUGCCGCCGCAGCCCAGCAGGAUGAGGCGCCGCUGCGCAAGAGCAUCCAGAUCAAGCCGCAGACCGACGAGGCCCUUCGCAAGCGCCGAGCCGCGAAAGCGCUGCAAAGAAAGGCCGGCGCCAGCGCGGAAGAUGUCGAAGCUGUAGCCGCCGCCUUGAAGUCUCCCUCGUCGCCCUCCACUGCAUCCGCCCGACUGACUCGCUAUCCUCGUGCGCCUGCUCCCCCUCGACCACUCGUACCUCGCCGGCAACCUUCGUACACCCUUUCUUACUCCACCGAAACCCCCAAAAAGACGCUCAUCAUCGACCUCGACGAGACACUAAUCCACUCCCUCGCCAAAGGCGGCCGCAUGAGCACCGGCCACAUGGUCGAAGUCCGACUCGGCGGCCCUGUCCCCACCUCGCAACCCGGCACCGCCGGCCCCUCCAACGUCUCCAUCGGCCACGGAGUUCCAAUCCUCUACUACGUCCACGAACGCCCGGGGUGCCACGAAUUCCUGCGCAAAGUGUCGAAGUGGUACAACCUGAUUGUCUUCACGGCGUCGGUGCAGGAAUACGCCGAUCCCGUGAUUGACUGGCUGGAGCGCGAAAGGCGGUAUUUCGGCGGAAGGUAUUAUCGCCAGCACUGCACGCUGCGGAAUGGCGCGUACAUCAAGGACCUCGCGCAGGUCGAGCCGGAUUUGAGUCGUGUGAUGAUUUUGGACAAUAGUCCUAUGAGCUAUAUCUUUCAUGAAGAUAAUGCGAUUCCUAUCGAAGGCUGGAUCAGUGAUCCCACCGACAACGACCUGCUGCAUCUCAUCCCUCUUCUCGAGGGCCUGCAGUAUGUGACGGAUGUGCGCGCGUUGCUGGCGUUAAGGCAAGGGCAAGCGCAGCAGGCCUGA